AUGGACACUACACAUAUCGGAACUCAGUAUUCUGAGGAGUAUAUCAACAGCACGACUAAGGAAAAGAAAGAUCGGGUCAACGGCCAAGACAAGCCAACAAUUUAUAAUCAUCCCUGGGCAUCCCCAAGUAAGUCGAAGCGAAAAUAUUACCUCGAUAAUGGCAGAGCUCAUACUAUCAUAGGUUCCUCAUUUCCGGCAGAUAACAUCCGCAUCGAAAAUGGAAGAGUAUGGAAUGAAGAUCUGUUCGAGUCAACCUGAGUUUUGUGGAAAAUUGUUACACGCCCAACGUAUGCCUCGGGGAAGCCAUGCAAGGAACAUUGGACAAAUCACCACACCCUACAUCUGAACAAACAUGGCGAGCCAAUUGAGGAGACUACUGAGAAGUUCAUAAAAGUCGAAUGGCCCAAAAGCCCACUAAAUUUUACCCUCUUUCCAAAGCUUCCUCCAGAGGUAGGUUUUCACAGUUCCCUCACAAGCACCACAACGACUUGCCGCUAACCUAAGCUCAAACAUAUAGCUACAAACCAGAAUCUGGGAACUUUCUCUUCCAGACCCCUCUGUCAUCCGUCUCACCCUUGAUAGAAUCGAAGGGCAAGAUUUCGCCGAUUCUCCUUCUUCCUGGCACGCAAGUUAUACCAGCAAGUACGAGCAAAAAUACCGAAACGUUAAUCUUUGCGUAUGCAAAGAAUCUCGCUUUAUCUUCAUGCAAAAUUACGUGCGAAUCCCAACAUACAAUCCUGACGAAGUACGAGAUGUGAUGGAUGAUAGACCAGUAUAUUUCAACCCAGUAGAGGAUACAAUCUUGCUCCCACAACGUUUCCCUCUCUCGGGAAGACUCAGCGGAACAUUCCAUACGAUAUUCGACAACUUUCUCGAAAUUGCACAGAAUGUUGCAUUCCGAGAAAAUCAAGUUCCUAGAGGGAGAAGCUGGUGGCUGCAGGCUAUGAUAGUGUACAAUUUUCCACGUCUUAGGAACUUGUAUUUUCUCUUGAACGAUUGCCCGGAGAAAGAAGCAGAGCACUUUGGUCUGUUCAGAAUGGUGGAAGUCAAUGGAGAUUUGAAACGAAGUGAGCUGUCUUUUGAUCAUCCUGCAUCCGCCCUCUUUUCCGAAUCCCCGAUCAUGCCAGCAGCACAACUUUCGCACGUAUUCAACCGAGCCACUGCAGUUCACAGAGGCUGGGCCCGCGGACUUCGACAUCAAAGUUCGCGUGUAGACCUCGUCGAUACAGAUCUCAGACGGAUCAAAUUCCGAACAGCUUUAUUGGCCCGAGAAGACGAUUUAAAGUGGUUCAGAUCCGAGAUAUUGUACCUCGUUCCAUAUGGCUAUGGUUCAACGGCCACAGAUCUUGACAAGUAUUGCGUGUACUACACAAUCAGACCAAUGUCCGAGUUUGGAGCAAACAUGAAGCGGCUUCUACUUUGCAAAGAACCAUCGUAUUGGAUAAAAGAUUCACAUAGGGAAAGCAUGGCCAGAAUUGGUGAAAGAGGAUAUUUCUUCUUGUCACCUCGGACAGAUCGCUCUGAAGACUACGAGGGAGUUGCGGAUAUGUUUGCCGAAAUGAGUAUAACACAACGACAAGCGGGAGCAGGUGCAAUGACCUACAGAGGUAUUUCUUUGGCGGACCAUCAAAGUACCAGAGUUCCUGGCCCUGAGGAAAGUUAUUACCUUGCUACUACGACGAGUUGGAAACCAGAGAUUGUGUUUUCUGCUCUUUGUGACAAGGUUACUUGUUGGGGCGUCAAAGAACUUGUUUACGCAUUCUAUCAUUCGGAGAACUUGAGAGACACCAUAGCUUCAGAGAUUAUUCCGAGACAACCUUUGAUUACUAAUGCUGUGUAUUGGCAACCGCUAGAUGGAUCACCAGGAUCGCAAUUCCUCAACUUUGGCAUGUGGUUCCUCCUUCGAACGGUCAGAAAUUGGGAGGAAAAGAAACGUACACCUCACGCUUGGUUCUGGAUCUAG